AUGGCCACCACCUCUAGGAUUUUGACCCGAGCUUUGCCUGCUCUGCGCAUGAUGAGCACGACGGCUGUCAGGAGGGACGCGGCCGUUGCCGGGGCGGUUCCCCUGCCCGCGAGGAAGCCCGUUGGGGCGUUGAGAGGAGGGCUCUUUGGCUUCUUCUUCGGCAGCACCUUGGCCGGCGCGGGCGUGUACUAUUACGCCGUGCAGGAGUACAAGGCUUCGAACGAGCUGCUGACUGAGGAUAUUUACAUGGAGUGA